CACACCCGUCGGCCCCUUAAAGGAGACGUGUUAUUGUUUCGGCCAAGGAUACGUGGGAAGGAGGAGGAGGAGGAGUCUGAGGGGCGGGGAGGCCGGGCGCUUCCCCCCUCCGCGGUCCCCUCCUCCGACAGGCGCGGAGCUUCCGCUUGAAGUAUGCGCGUGAAAGGGGCGCGCGGUGGCCGCCGUGGUGCUACCGCCGCCGCCGCUUCUGACGGCUCCGAACAUGCAAUGGCGGUCGCUGGUCCUAGCGCUGGUGGCGCUGAAGCUGGCCGGGCACGCGCUCUUGUGGCUGGCGGGCCCCAGCCUGGGCUUCUACCACCAGCGGCUGCGGGGCUUCUCCUGCAGCCCGGCGGAGGGAAGGAGAGGAGGAGGAGGAGGAGGAGGAGGAGGAGGCGGCAGUGGCGGAGCCGGAGCCUUCCCGCUCUCGGACGCGCGCUGCUUCGACGCCGGCAUGGUCGCCCCGCACUGGGCCUCCUUCUUGGGCAAGGCUUGGGGGACCGGUAGCGGCGCCUCCUCCUCCUCGUCGUCUCCCCCCAGGAGGGUCGUCGGUGUUGGCGGCGGCGGCGACGAGUACGAGCAGCGCUACAGCCGCGCCUUCCCCCCGCAGCUCCGCGCCCAGCUCCGCGACGCCGCCCGUGGCAUGUUCGCCUUCGGCUACGACAACUACAUGGCGCACGCUUUCCCCCAGGACGAGCUGAACCCCAUCGAGUGCAGCGGGAGGGGGCCCGACCGAGCCGACCCUUCAAAUCUGAAUAUCAAUGAUGUCCUGGGAAACUACUCGCUUACUCUGAUUGAUGCAUUGGAUACCCUAGCAGUAAUGGGAAACUCUUCAGAGUUCCAGAAAGCGGUGAAACUAGUGAUAGACACAGUAUCGUUUGACACAGAUUCAACCGUCCAAGUUUUUGAAGCAACAAUUAGGGUUUUGGGAAGCUUGCUUUCAGCCCAUAUCAUCAUAACAGAUGCCAGGCAGCCUUUUGGGGAUAUGAGUAUUAAGGGCUAUGAUAAUGAGCUCUUGCAUAUGGCUCAUGACCUGGCUGUUAGACUGUUACCUGCUUUUGAGAACACCAAAACAGGAAUUCCAUAUCCUCGGGUAAACUUAAGAACAGGAGUUCCUUCUGGCAGCAACAAUGAGACCUGCACUGCAGGAGCUGGAUCCUUAUUGGUGGAAUUUGGAAUUCUUAGCAGGCUUCUGGGCGAUUCCACUUUUGAAUGGGUUGCCCGCCGAGCUGUGAAAGCACUCUGGAGUCUAAGGAGCAAUGACACUGGACUAUUAGGCAAUGUUGUGAAUAUUCAAACUGGCCACUGGGUUGGAAAGCAGAGUGGUUUGGGAGCAGGAUUAGAUUCCUUCUAUGAAUAUCUUUUGAAAUCUUACAUCCUCUUUGGAGAAAAAGAAGAUCUAGAGAUGUUCAAUGACGCUUAUCAGAGUAUUCAGAACUACUUAAGGCGAGGGAGAGAAGCCUGUAAUGAAGGUGAAGGGGACCCACCACUCUAUGUUAAUGUAAAUAUGUUCAGUGGUCAGUUGAUGAACACAUGGAUUGAUUCUCUUCAAGCUUUUUUCCCUGGGCUUCAGGUUUUAAUAGGUGAUGUAGAAGAUGCUAUUUGCCUCCAUGCAUUUUAUUAUGCCAUAUGGAAACGAUAUGGAGCUCUUCCAGAGAGGUACAACUGGCAGUUACAGGCACCUGAUGUCCUCUUUUAUCCCCUAAGGCCAGAGUUAGUAGAAUCUACAUAUCUUCUUUAUCAGGCAACAAAGAAUCCUUUUUAUCUCCAUGUAGGCAUGGAUAUCCUGCAGAGUCUGGAGAAGCACACAAAAGCAAAAUGUGGCUAUGCUACUCUGCACCAUGUUAUAGAGAAGUCCAAAGAAGAUCGGAUGGAAAGCUUUUUUCUCAGUGAAACAUGUAAAUAUUUGUAUUUGCUUUUUGAUGAAGAAAACCCAGUGCACAAAUCGGGCAAUAGAUAUAUGUUUACUACAGAGGGGCAUAUAGUAUCGCUGGAUAAGCGUCUUCGUGUUUCACUGUGGCAAGAUACUUUUCCUGAAGAACAGAAGAAGACUGAAAAGCUAAAGCCAAAUGAACUUAGAGCAAUCAACUCUACUUCUAAUUGCAACAGAGUACCAGAUGAGAGGAGAUACUUGCUGCCUUUGAAGAGUAUUUACAUGAGACAGAUUGAUCAGAUGGUGGGCUUGAUCUGAACAUCUCUUCAUAUGGAGUAAUCCUUAAGGCACAAGGCAGCAUCUUGUUCUGAAAAUGAGUCUCUUGAGCCACAUAGCUUAUAGCAGGUGCAGGCAUUUCAAUAGCCUCUCAUUGUAAUGAAGGAUUCAGUUUAAAGAUGAAAAGAGGAUCCCAUGCUAGACUCCAGUUAUCACUGAAAUACAGUCGGAUGUGGCAUAUUUUGCCUAAUGUAAACUACGUUAUCGCAUGUGAAACUUUGAAGCUUGUGUUUCUGAUAAAUACGUGAUAGACUAAGGUGACCUUUUAAAAGGAUUGCAAGUAUCUUGUAUCAGAAAUGCUGUUUUGCCACAUCUCUUAAUUGCAUUCUAAAUAAGAAUGUUGGAGAGAACCUAUAUAUAUUUCUUA